AAUUUGUUCAUCUCUUCUCUCUCUCUCUUUCUUUCACACAUACAUUAUCUCACUGAUUCGCUCACUCGCCACCUCACUCUCUCAUUUUUUCUUUUUCCCUUAUUUUAAGUAUCAAUUUUUUGUGUUAAUUAUUAAAUCAUAAGAAUGGGCGACAAAUUGGAAAUCAAGGAAAGUGAUUUGAAAGAUUAUUUCAAUCUCGCUAAUAAAGAAGGUAAACUUGACAUCUCGACAUUUAAACACAUUUUGAAACAACUCGGACUUCACCCGGAAGAAGGGACAGUUACACAAACAAUCGAGGAAAUUCAAAGCGAUGGUUUUAUUACUUCUGAUAAAUUGAAAGCUUUUCUGGAAACUAUCGCCGAGAAACAUGGUAACUUGCGAAAACUUUUCGAUUGGAUUGAUGCCGAUAAAAAUGGUUACCUUGAUCGGUACGAGAUUAAAAUGGCCUUUGCGAUGUCCAACAAGCCUUUUACCGCGGAAGAUGUUGAAAGAUUGAUGACUGAAUGUGACACUGAUCGAGAUGGAAGAAAGUUUCUAGAAUUCAGACAAAGUCGAAUGUCCAGUUUAUUCACCGACGUUUGUUAAAAAUGUCCAACAGAAUAAUCAACAUAAUAACAAUAACAACAACAACAACAAUCAGUUAAUUAUGAUUACCAAUCAAUUGAAAAAGUAAAUUUAACAGAAAAGCUAAAGAAUGAAAAAGAAAAUCGUUUGAUCAGAACUAAAUCAUACACAUAAACUACAUCGAAAUCAUGAAGUUCAGUUUGUAUCUUCAUCUUAGGUCAAACAUUUUUGCAAUUUAUCUUAAUUCUCACACCUUAAUCAUCUUAAUUACUGUGAUCACAUCCUAAUUGUUAACACACUAGGUUCAUGUGUAUCCAGAUGAAUGAAAAAAAAGAAACGAAACAUUUGAAUCAAUUACAAUUCUAUUCAUUAAAUCAAGUUCAAUGAAUUUCGAUAACAUUUUCAAUCAAAUUCAUUGUGGAUGUUAAUCCAUGAAAGAAUCAAAUUAAUUUACUUUGCCAAUGAGAAAAGAGCAUCAACAUUAAUCCAAGAAAAAAGACUAAUCCUUGUUUAAUCUAA